AUGGCAACUUGGUAUCUGACUCGGUCUAUAUUCACCACCACCAGACAAACCCUAACAGCCAGCCUCUCUCGAUCCUACGCCGCCGUCUCAUCUGCUGCACCACCGCACUCCUCCUUUGUCCUCCGGCUUCGUCCUCUCUUUGCAGCGGCGUCCACUUCCCACUUCCGCCUAUUGUCUCCGGUGUUCUCCUCUAGAGGAUUCGCAACCCGCCCUACCUCGUCUUCACUCAGUGAUCCAAAUCCCAACUGGUCGAACCGUCCCCCGAAAGAGACUAUUCUGCUCGAUGGGUGUGACUUUGAGCACUGGCUCGUUGUCAUGGAAAAGCCGGAGGGAGAACCCACUCGAGAUGAAAUCAUUGACAGCUACAUCAAAACCCUAGCCACGGUCGUUGGAAGUGAGGAAGAAGCAAGAAUGAAAAUUUAUUCGGUCUCUACUCGUCAUUACUUUGCAUUUGGAGCCCUUGUGAGUGAGGAGUUGUCCUACAAGUUGAAGGAAUUGCCCAGAGUUAGAUGGGUGCUUCCUGAUUCCUACUUGGAUGUCAAGAACAAGGAUUAUGGAGGGGAACCAUUUAUAAAUGGGCAGGCUGUGCCAUAUGAUCCUAAAUACCAUGAGGAGUGGGUGAGAAACAAUGCUCGGGCAAAUGAGAGAAAUAGGCGCAAUGAUAGACCUCGUAACUUUGAUAGAUCGAGAAAUUUUGAGAGAAGAAGGGAUAUGCAGAUGGCUAAUCAGAACUCUGGAGCCAAUAUGGGUGGUCCAGCUGGUCGCAUGGGAAGCCCACCAAACACGGGUGCACCACCUAAUAUGGGAGGAAUGCAGCAGCCACCCAACCACCCGGGAGGUAUGCAGCAGCUGCCCAACCAACCGGGAGGAAUACAGCAGCAGCAGCCCAACAUGGGUGGACCACCAAAUAAUAUGGGUAGUUACCCCCCAAAUAACAUGGGAGGAGUGCCCAACAAUGCAACAAAUUACCAGUACCACUACAGGAAUGGACCAAACACUGGAGGAAUGCCUCAUCAAUCAGGUCCAGGGCAAAAUCAAGGCAGCUAUGGUCCAAAUGUGGGAUCUGCUCCAGGACACAAUCAGAGCGGCUAUGGUCCAAAUGUGGGAACUGCUCCUGGACACAAUCAGAGCGGCUAUGGUCCAAGCAUGGGAUCGGUUCCUGGACAAAAUCAGAACACCUAUAGUCCAAGUAUGGGAUCUGGUCCAGGACAAAACCAGAACUAUGUUCCAAAUUUUGGUGCCGGCAACCCUCACCAAAACCAGAAUAUACCUGGAAGAGACGUGCCCCCACGCCCAGAUAAUUGA